GCGUGUUACAGGAUGUCACGUAAUGCUCCCUCUGAAGGAGACCAACAACAAGUUCUUCACGACGUUCCCAGUAUUCUUGCGUUACGAUGAAGAUGAAAGUCUAAACCAGCGUAGAACGUAAAAUUGGACUGCAGGUCACAUGAGCAUCAUGUGAAUAUUACUGUAACACAUUCAAAUCAAGAUUUAAGAUGGUGCAGUGAGCCGGCCACGAAACCUUGUGAGACUGCAGAUCAUAGGCUUGCACAGAGUUAUACCAAAAAUAUUUGACCAUGUGUGCAAUCCUGCAGUUGGCAGUUUUGUCCUCUGUACUUAGUAUUGUUGCUCAAGCCAAGAAUAUCAGUCAGCCUUACAUAAUAUUCAUCUUUGCUGAUGAUUUGGGGUGGGAUGAUGUGAGUUUUCAUGGCUCAAAGCAAAUUCCAACUCCUAAUAUUGAUGGUCUAGCAAACAGUGGAGUGAUCUUGAAUAACUACUAUGUGUCACCAAUUUGCUCACCAAGUCGCAGUGCUAUCAUGACUGGAAAAUAUCCAAUACAUACAGGAAUGCAACACAGUGUUAUCAUGGGUGGAGAGCCUUUUGGGUUAGGUCUGGAGGAGAAAUUACUACCUCAGUAUCUCAAGGAAUUGGGUUAUGCCACUCAUGCUGUGGGAAAGUGGCAUCUGGGAUUCUUCAAGUAUGACUAUACCCCAACCAAACGAGGAUUUGACUCAUUCUUUGGUUACUGGCUCGGUGCUGGUGACUACUGGGAUCAAUCUGAGGCUGAAAUGUAUGGUUCGUGGGGACUGGACCUUAGGAACAAUACGGAGCCUGUGCAUAACCAGUGGGGUAACUACCGCACCUACAUGUUCACAGACCAUGCUAUAAAUUUGAUCAACUCACACAACACCUCCAAACCACUCUUUUUGUACCUGGCACAUGAAGCAGUUCAUAGUGCAAAUGCACAUCAACCACUACAGGCACCAAAGGAUCUGAUUAACAAGUUCAAAGACAGCAUCCAUGAUGAGGAUCGGCGAGUUUUUGCAGCAAUGGCUACAGCACUUGAUCAAUCUGUUGGAAAGGUGAAGGGUGGAAUGCAAACUUCAUACGAUCUUGAAUAUAUUGGAGGAAUCAGGGGAACCUCUUUCGUUCACAGCCCUCUCUUGGCAUCUACAGGCCGCGUGAGCAUGGACCUAAUGCAUCUCUCAGAUUGGCUCCCUACGCUCUACGUGCGCGGGGGUGGGGACGUGCACAAGCUCCUAAACAUAGAUGGGUACGAUAUGUGGCCUUCUUUGUCUAGGGGCGAGAGGUCUCCCCGGAAGGAACUGGUGCAUAACAUCGACCCAGUGUCGUGGGCGUCUGCGCUGCGAUAUAAACAAUGGAAACUGUUGGUGAAUGAAACUGACGGUGGUGGUCGUGAUGGAUGGUACCCACCGCCGGGGAUCGAGGGAAACGAUCAACGACUGCGAAAUUUCACCACCACCCUCCCCUCUCUGAAAAACGCGGUUGUGACGUGCGGACCGCCGCCGGCCGAGCCUACAAAGUGUGGCGUCAAGGAUGGACCAUGCCUCUUUAAUAUCCAGGAGGAUCCAUGUGAAUACAACAACAUGGCCGAGAAAGAGAAGGACGUGCUGAAUAUGAUGUUGCAACUACUGGAGAAGUACAAAGCGACUAUGGCACCGAUUAGAAAUAAACCCUACGACAAGAAUGCGGAUCCCAAACUCCAUGACGGUGUGUGGACAGCGUGGUGUGACGAGAAACCGAAUGAGAACUGUGGGCAGUAGUGUCAGGGCACUUGGUUCGGUUAAUCGUCGCCUAGCGGGGGUGGGGGUUUUAAAAGAACAAGUUAGAAAUGAUUGAAAUUUGGUACUCUUAGUAACUAGGUAAGGAAUCAGUUUAACGUCUGAGUCCGGGCUUAGGUUUGCGUCUUCCAAAUUAAUUUUUUUCGAAACGCCGUAAGGCAAAAACCUUUUAAUGAAAGAGAAAAAAAUUACCGUGAUAAUGUACCUGUUAUGGAAGUGUCUCCUCGGAUUAGUCAGUAAACCUUUUAAUUCCCAAGAUCCAAUCGUUAAUUCUCGCCCCUAAACGCUACACAUUCCUUGUGAAUUAGUUACGGGAAUUUGAUGUUAGAUCUACCUGAUAAGUUAAAGUAUUCUCAUCAACUGUUUUCUGGACAACGAGUGGAUAUUAUAUGGAGAGGUUACAUGUUAAUCACCUUUUAAAGGGUUAAAUGAAGCUGCAGUUCAGAUAGAAUGUACUUUCGACAUGGGUUUGCCACAGGUAACUGAUACCGGAAAUGAAUGAUCGCUUUUAGUACUGUGUCGCGAGAUAGAUCUUUCUUUUACAUACCCUGUGGCAUUAAUUAGAGGAUGGAAAAACUACAUGAGGAAAACCAAGGAGACCGAAAUUAAAGCCAAGACUAACAAUAGAAAAAUAAGAAAGAGAAGGAUCGUGAUUGUAAGUUACAAAAAAAGGCAGUGUGGGAAUUAGCAGACAUAAAUGAAAAAAGCCAUAGGAAGAUUUUGAAGGUCUUGUAACAAACAUCUCUUAGUGAACCGAUAUAAUGCAACUAUCAUCUUAUUAUGGCUAAAUUCUUUCGUACCCAAGAUGCUUCAGAGCUAGCUUCGGAUCACCACUCAUUUAUUCCUUCAAAUUUUACUUGCAACGCUUUGUCUUCAUUGAAACCAUCGACCGAUUACAGUUCUCAAUCUCGAAAAUAUUUGUGCCUCCAAAUGCUUUAGUAAAAAUCGUUAACUUACAAAGAAAGUACAAAGGGAGUAGAAACAUUAGCGAGUGUCUUUGAUAAAGCAAACAAAAAAUUCUACAUAAAAUUCUAAUGAAUAUGUCAGCCGUACGACUGUUUUCCAAUAAUCCACAGGAAACAACCCAUAAAAAUGUGUAUACUGUCCAAGCUGUAUACAGUAUUUUGAAUGCAGUAUUCUCAAGGAACUAAUGCUAGCUGCCAAAGUGUUAAUCAUCAUACAAUAUAUCAUUUUUUUAAAGUUCGUUUUCUUCUUUAGGUCAUACUUUGGCGUUAGUUUUAAAUCCAAACUCGACUGUCUUUCAGUGGGGCGAAUGUUUUGAUGUGACAAUCAAAAAUUCGAAGUUCAUUUUGGCCUGUCAUGCUGUCGUCGGUUAAACUAAAAGGUUGUAGAGGUGUGUGUUCUCCAGUUACGGUUAGGUACACUCUUUUACAACAUCUAAAAAUAAAACUAUCGAACAAGAGUUUACCACAA